AUGCGCACAGUAUGCGAAACAGAAGAAGACAAAAAUUUCCCCCUUGCAAAGAAAAUGAAGAAAGUUCUUAUUCAUAAGGGAGCAACAUAUAAGACCCGUAGCAACAGGAGAAUAAAGAUAAGGACACCGUCUGGGAAACUUGUCAACCGAAGAAUGAAGAAACAUUCCAAGAAGCACAGAUGCCAUGAAUGCAACACUGUCCUGGGAAGCAUAGCCCGAAUGAGGCCUGCAGAGUUUUCUCGGCAAAAGGUUUCUGCAAGGCGUGUUAACAGGGCUUAUGGAGCCACGAUCUGUGGCAGAUGUGUCAAGGAAAAGAUCACCGGCGCAUUUCUUGCUGACGAGGAAAGGAUAGUCAAGGAGAAGACCGGACUGGCGUCUAGUGGAUAA